GAACAGCCUUCCCGCCCCGAAACUUGUGAACGUGAAUGAAACAUGUUUCGGACAGUAAAGUGGGUGCCUAUUUGGGUUUGGGGGGCCAGCGUGCGAUUGGAUUGUUUGGGGGCAUUUGUUUUGCCGUCGUCGUCGUGAACUGUGUGUUGUGGAGGUGCGGACGAAUUUCUGUGGUUCCGUGAUUCUGUUUUCCGCUAAGGUUCGAACAGACGGAAUAUUGAACAUUUUGGAAAGCUUUAAGAAAUAAUCAAGAAAACGAAACAAAAGAAAACAUUGCAAAUAAAACAAAACAAAAAAAACCAUUAAACUAACAGUGUGCGCCGCUGAAUUUUACAUCAUCGACAAAUAGUGUUCCGACGUUCCGAAUGCUGCCGAACAACAACUAACUGUUAUUCCGAUCAACAACAAAACAAACAACGUUCAGCGAGCAGACCGCGAGCGGACACAAGGACCCACUCCACUCCACUCCACUGCACGCCAAACCAAUCCGACGGCCAACGCCAACGCCAACGCCAAUUUUAACUACUGUUCGUGGCGCCACCAGCGACUAGCGAAGGAUAAUUGAAUCAUAAAGGAAUCGGGAGAGCCGGGGCGCCAAAAAAGCGGAGAGGAGCUGCCCGAAAGUGUGCGUGCCCCGAAAGUUCGGCAGCGGGAAAUGCCAACAAAGCCGAGCAAAUAAUUGCUGUACCCAGAUCGAGCACGGGCCAACAUUACGUACACGGACGGAGAGUGGCAAGCGGAGAGUGGCAAGCGGAGAGCGGAGACUGGCAAGCGGAGAGCGAAGGGAGAGAAGCUUGCACAGAGGCCGGCUGCAGGGAAAUGAGUGGCGUCCUGCUUUAAUUAAAGCCGAGCGCGGAGGAGUGCGCGGGACGUGCACGGUGCACGGAGCACACAGAGCACACGGAACACACGGAGUGGAGGCAAUUGAAACGCAAUGUGGCUGAUGCCGUGGACCGUGGACAACGCAACAAAGUGGACGAAAUUGCUUUUGGAAGAGCGCGAACGCUUGCAGAACCGCAGACAGGCAGCCGAUACAGCGAUACAGCGAUAGAGCUAUAGAGAGAGAGCUAGACAUUAAUUCUGAUUAAAAUUUAUAUAUUUUUUGCCGAGACCCCGAGCAACCCGUACAACGAGCCCCCCAUGCAAGCCCCGACCAACGACUGAGCAACAAAAACGAGCAGAAACCAAAAGGAGGAAAGCAGGAAAGCAGGAAGCAAGCUUAAAGUUUUGCAUUCCUGUUGCAGGCAUCUUGUGGCAGGGAAUUCGGUUUUUGCAUGCCGCAAGCGUUGCAGCAGCAGCAGCCACACAUGAACACGCCGCUCUGACGAGAGCCAGCAAGGAGGACGACAAACAGCAUAAUUUCGUCAACUGCAGCCAAGCGGUCGUCUGUCAGCAGCAGUGGCAGUGGCAUCCACAUCCACAUCCACAACAGCUGCAAAACAUAGCCCACCACCACAUCACCACCAGGAGGAAGAGGAGGAGGAGCAGCAGCAGCAAAGGCAUUGUCACAUCCAGCAUCCAGCAUUCAGCAUACAGCAUUCUUUGUCAUAUCCCCCAUUCAGGAGAAGCCCAGCACGGGAGCAGCAGCGUAGGAGGAGGCAGAGACCACCCCAAAGCCCGCACCAAUGAAUCUGCUCUGCUGCUGCUGUUGCAGUAACAUGGCACCCAACCAGCGCGUCACACGCAAAUGGGAACUGUUUGCCGGACGCAAUAAAUUCUACUGCGAUGGAUUGCUAAUGUCCGCACCGCACACGGGCGUCUUCUACUUGACGUGCAUCCUGAUAACCGGCACCAGUGCGCUCUUCUUUGCGUUCGACUGCCCGUUCCUGGCGGAGCGCAUCAACCCAGUCAUUCCCAUUGUGGGCGCCGUCCUCUACUUCUUCACGAUGAGCUCCCUGCUGCGCACAACCUUCACGGACCCGGGCGUCAUACCGCGUGCCUCCAACGACGAGGCGGCCUAUAUUGAAAAGCAAAUUGAGGUGCCAAACUCGCUGAACAGCCCCACGUACCGCCCGCCGCCGCGCACCAAGGAGGUGCUCGUCAAGGGCCAGACGGUCAAGCUGAAGUACUGCUUCACCUGCAAGAUCUUCCGGCCACCGCGGGCCUCCCACUGCAGCCUGUGCGACAACUGUGUGGACCGCUUCGAUCACCACUGUCCCUGGGUGGGAAACUGCGUGGGAAAGCGGAACUAUCGGUUCUUUUAUUUGUUUCUAGUCUCAUUGGCAUUUUUAGCUGUAUUUAUAUUCUCGUGCUCUGUGACGCAUUUAGUUUUAUUGAUGAAAACCGAGCAAGAGGUCUUCGAAGUAAUAAAGAAGGCGCCCUUCACUGUGAUUGUUGUGUUCAUUUGCUUCUUUUCGAUAUGGUCCGUCAUCGGACUGGCCGGAUUCCACACCUAUCUGACGACGAGCGACCAGACGACCAAUGAGGAUCUCAAGGGAUCCUUCUCAUCGAAGGGCGGGCCGCGCACCCAGAACCCCUACUCGCGGGGCAACAUCUGUCUCAAUUGUUGCCACAUCCUAUGCGGACCCAUGACGCCCUCGAUGAUUGACAGGCGCGGCUUUGCCACCGACGAGUACAUCCAGCAGAUGCAGCAUCAGUCCAGUCCCCGGCACGCCCUCAGCGAUGUGCUGAGCGCCUCCCAUAUGGUCACCACCGCGCAGCCCAUGCUGGGCGGCCCGGGCGGUGGCAUUGGGGGGGCGGGCGGCGGCAUCAGCAUAGGGGGGGCGGAGCUGAAGCCCCGCUUCUACGACGAGUCGAAUCCCUCCUCCUCAACAAUGGACGGAUCAGGGGCCGCCGCAUCAGCCGCCCUCAACGGCCACGGCCUCGGCCAUGGACAUGGACACGGACAUGGCCAUGGCCAUGGCAAUGGCAACGGGAACGGCUUCGAACACCCGCCGCCCAGCUACGACCUGGUCCAGAACGGUAAGUCCCGCAAGCAGCAGCACCAGAGGUGCUCACUGCAAACACUGCUGCCCGCCAGCGCCCAGCACCAGUUCAAAGCCAACAAGCACAAACAACUCAAACACCACCUGGUGGCCGCCGAGCUGCAGAUGCAGCAGGAGGCACUCGCCCGCUCGCACUCGAACCUCCACUCGCCCUCGCUGGUGCGCUCGCCGGCCACUUCAUCCUCGUACCGGCUGAACCUGAGGCGCUCGCUGCACCUGCCGCUGACGCCGUCGUACGACGAUGUGCGCAACUCGCCGCUGCCGCUGCUGCACCACCAUGUGCACGCCCAGCAGACGACGGCCAUUGGGAGCGUGUCGGUGGCCACGGCCAUGGCUGAGGCAGCGGCGGUGGCAGCGGCAGCGGCAGCCACUGGGUCGGCAGGCGGUGGCGGGGGCGGGGGCGCUGGCGGUGGCGGUGGCUCGUCGUCCUCGACGACGGCCCCCACCUCAGGCUCUGCCUCGGCCUCCCUGGCCCCGGUGCCGCCGCCACUGGCCCCGCGACGCCCGUCGACGCUGCAGCUGCAGCUGCAGGGCAGCGCAGCGGUAUCAGGCAGCAGCACCACGCUGACGACCAUACACACGUCGGCGCCACAGCCGCCGGCGCCCAGCGACUUCAAGUACUACUCCCCGCAACGCCACACCGACAACACCUCCAAGUUCAACUUCCCGUUCGGGAAAUCGGCGCGCGGGAUGCGCCGCCAGUCGACGCAGUCGGUGGACUCGCAGAAGGUGAACAUCGCCGGAUACCAGCCGCUGCCGAUGCGGUCGCGCUACAAGCACCAGGAGGUGAUGUUCGAGCUGAAGUCGCCGACCAACCGGCUGACCAUUCGAGAGUGCGACUUUGGCGGUGGCGGUGAACCCUGCGACGACGAUCAGUCGAUCAAGGACAGCCAGAUCUUCCGUGUUAGUAAACGAAAUCUUUAUAUGAAUCACCGGUCGCCGUGGAAGGAGCGCGACCGCUACUCGAACCUCUACGAGUACUCGUUCAACAUAGAUCUCAACUCGAUUAUCGAGGAUGCCGCGGGCAGCGACUCGUCAUAGUACGCAGCUCGCUCCCCCGCUGUUGUCGUUGUCCACCUGCCCCGUGCGGUGCUCGAAGUCGCCCAGGACUUCAUUAAUUGGUUGUUAGGCGCUGUACAUAAGGCAGGCCCCAGUACCAGGACCAGGACCAGAACCAGAAACAGAACCAGACGCAGGCCCGGGCCCAGGCCUAGGCUCUUGGCCCGCUUCCUGCUGCUUCCAGGCCUCUGCUAGAGAAAGCCCAGUUUUGUUCUGGCUGUGCAGGCUUCUUUUUUUGGCCUCCUUUGGCGUUCUUUGAUGAGAGAAGACUUUAGGGACUUUCGAAGAGUCUGAAUGGGGCAUAACACAUUUGGCUUCCAUUCUCUGACGCGCUUAGAAGCUAGCAGGAGAGUAAAGUCUUCAGUUUGCAGCCCCGAAAUCCUGCUCUUGAGUUUCCCCCUCCCCGUUGUAUGCGUAGAUAUAGAAGUAUGUAAAUUGCUAAAUUGUAUUUUAUGAUUUUGUCCAUGUCCGACCUCCGACCUCCGUAUCCGGUAUCCGCUAUCCGCUAUCCGCUAUCCGCAUUCCGCUGUAGAGCCCCCAGCCCCGAUCCUGAAUGAAAUGAAAAGUUGGUUCAUAGAAACUUUUACGUUUAUGUAGCACCUGUUUCCCUGGCUAAUCACGCCGGUGCUCCUCUGCACGCGGUGCAAGGGCCCACCGGCGCCAGGGGCCAGGAGGGAGUCUCCCCGCCCCCCAUGUAUGUAUAUCCACCCUGGUCUACGUCCCAUCGCCGCCACCUCCAAUAGUGAUGCCACCAACCAACCAAACAACCAACCAACCAACCAACCAACCAACAUCCCUACCAAGCAUGUUCAACUUAAACUUUGUUCGCUUGAAAGAAGAUUAAGUUUUUGGAUUUUUGAUUUGAGUUUUGUGUUUUGUUCUCGGAAUCAUGCUGGAUUCCUGGCCAAAGGGCCACGCCACCAAACGAUCGCAGUCACUUGGACUUUCGUUGAAGUUUUGAAUAAUUUUGAAGGUUUCAACCGAACGAGAAGAUCUAGAAGAAAGACACCACAGAGCGGAAGAACAUACGAACAUACGAACAUACGAUACACUGAAAACACUUAAACGCAAUUGGAGAAUAGAAAUUAAAUGCAAGAGUUAGCAAAAAUCUUAAUGAGCCAAAAUAACUGCCAUUUAUCGAAGCAACAUUUUGUUAGAACUUUGUUCAUUUUUACAAUGAAAGUUAAGCGUAAACUAACGUAUGGAAUUCAAUAAGAAUUUGAUAUAUGUACUAUGACGAUGUAUCGGUUUUAAGGGAGUCAUUUUUAACUACUAGUCGAAUACAGAGAAUACUGAAAAUACAGAAUACAGAAACCAAAUACAACCAAAAUUGUUGCUAACGAGUCGAAUCGAAUGGAAUCGAAUCGAAUGGAAUAUCAAAUAUUGAAAUACUCGUACUUAAACGUUGAAUACUCGUAUCGGGGAAGGGAGCAUUAGCAUUAGCAUUGCCAAGUGACUGCAGCAAAUAAUUAGCAAUAGAGAUAAUAUGGAGAUGGAGAUGGGAGUGUGUUGAAAUCGAAAUCGAACAUGAAAUUGAAACGAAAUAUGUAUCUAUUUAUACCUAGUUGUAAUAGUAAUUGACAUUUGUUGGGGGCAGAAACGGGGACAGGCCGCACGCUCUGCGGUUGUCCCGGAAGUCACUGCUGCUGGGUUCACGAACGGAGCGAACUGGGUUCACGAACGGAGCGAACGGGCGCAAACAAACGCGAACGAACGCCUCAGCUUUAAAUCUUGAGCAUUAACAAUAUUAUGAGUUCCUUUUAUAAUUAAUUGCAAGCAUAGUACGACGCAUUAGCGAGGUAAUUGAAGUUAUAGAUAGUUAUAUAUACACAUGCAUAUACAGACAGAUACAUAUAUAUACAGUAUAUAUAUAUAUAUUUCAUGCCGAAUCGGAGCAUGAAGCGAGUGUUAAACGAUGCAAAAGUAGAUUUAUAUACCUAUAUAUACAUAUAUAUAAUAUACAUUAUGUAUGGUUAAAUGUUGGGCAAUAAAACUGAUCGAUCUGAAUGAAAUGUUGGCGGAUCGAGUGAACAGAUACCGCACACACAACUAAAGUAUAAGUACGGAUCCGAGUAGAUGAGGCCUUACGGUCUUCUGCUUACGUUCCUGAACGUUCCAGCGAGUACGCGGAACCUCGACCGAUCCACAGACACGAUCCACAGAUCCACACACGCACACACACACACAGACGAAGGGAGCGCUUCUUCGCAGCAGUUCGUUCUUCUUGAGUUUUAGUUCGCGUCUCUCUAUCGUCGUCUCGCUGUUUCGCUGACUCGCUAUCCAUACCAUUUCGUUCCCCUUCCCUUCCGUUCCGUUCCGUUCGUUAAGUUUCUUAGUUUUGAUUUGAAUGGCAAAGCGCGCACUCGUCCAUCCACAGCCUAUAGCCUCUCGUUAUAUACUCGUACCAUGAACUGAAUUCAACCUACCAGCCUACCAACCCACAAACCUACCAACAUACCAACCUACCAAUGUUUUCUCCUGAUUUAUCGCACACUAAUGUCAAACUCUUUCUAUAUCUUUCAACUUGACUGUGGAAAUACAACCAAUACAAAUUGGUUGCUUGUUGUUGAACAAUUUUACAAAAAACUAACGAUCUAAUAACGAUAUAUAA